UUUCGUUUUUACCUUAAUCAGGUAUUUUUGGUUUGUUUGUUUUUAUCUAGAAGGUCACUAAAUGGGGAUGGACUCUGGGGUUAAUAUUUCAAAUGAAGAUGCACCUUAUGGGGGGAAGAGUGCAUUUACCCAACUGGAGCAUAACAUUGUGGCUGGAUAUCUCAUCACUGCAGGUGUCAUCAGUUUAGCGAGCAACAUUGUGGUGCUAUUGAUGUUUGUAAAAUUUAAGGAACUUCGCACACCUACCAACUUCAUAAUAAUCAACUUGGCUUUUACUGACAUUGGAGUGGCUGGUAUUGGCUAUCCCAUGUCCGCUGCUUCAGACAUCCACGGCAGCUGGAAAUUUGGCUAUGCUGGUUGUCAGAUCUAUGCAGCUCUCAACAUAUUCUUUGGCAUGGCUAGUAUUGGCCUGCUGACCGUGGUGGCCAUUGAUCGUUACCUUUCCAUCUGCAGACCAGAUAUAG